UGAUUUGCACUAGGCGGGAGAUUUGCUUGUUGGUCCCUCUCGACAGCGCCUCACUCGCGACUCGCCCCACUCUCGACUCGCCCAGACCCAAAAUCAAAACCCUUUCUCGACUCGCCUCACACUCGACAGACCCAGAACCAAAACUAAAACCAAAACCCUCUCUCUCGACAGAUUCUCACUCUCUUGACAAAGCCUAUAGCCAAAACCUCACUCUUCUCUCUAACCAAAGUCUCAUCUCUCCACCGGAAAACUCAUCGAGUCGAUUCAGCCUCUCCAACCAAGUCAACCCGGGCGGAAACUCACCGGAUAACUCAUUCCCUUGGAGGUAAAGAUUCUGAAGCGCUGUUGGCGAACAGGUGAGCUUAUUGGAGCGAAGACUCAGAACUCCUCAAGUCUAGUAAAACCCUAGAAAUUUUGAGAAAGCAAACUCAGUCUCUCUCUCUCUCUCUCUGUGGACGACGAGAGCUCGCUCUUCCCAUUUGAUUUCAGAGCCGAGUUCAAUCCGUCACAAACCCAGAAGCUGAAUUCAGAUAUUUCUCCUCACAGUGCUGCGUAGGAGUGCUACAAGAAUGCAAGCUGAAAACGAAGAUUUCGAGUUGAAGCAAAUGAGAGAUAUGGCUACUGCCAAAAAAAGAUGGGAUGCUCUGGCUACUGUAGGACCAUGUAACACACCAGAGCCGAGUGCUUGGAAUGCAGUAGAGAAAAGCAAAUGGAGCAGCUGGAAGAAGCUUGCAGACAUGGCCUCCACUGAAGCAAUGCGUCUCUUUGUGAAGACAUUGGAGAUAUCGGUUCACUUCUGCUCAAAUUUGAAAGUGGGUUGGUUUUGGGCUCUUCAUGGUUUGAUGCAACAUCUCUCUGUUCUCAGAUCAAGAGAAGGACCUGGUUGGACGAUUCAUGAAUGUAUUUAUGAAUGUCAAGAUAUCAAGGUUUCCUCUUAUUUAUUGUGGAAUUUCAUUUGAAUUCCACUGGAAUGUGUUUUAUUAUGUGAAGUGAAGAGAUCUGGAUCAUAACUUCUCUACAUUCUUGUAAAAUGUCAAUAACGGUUCAUAUGCAGCUAAGUAAAUAUAGUCACUUGACUCAAUUUCUCAUAACUUUGUUAUCAUGUCCAUGCCUCAUUCACCAAAAUGAUUAACUAAUCCUUUUGAUAUAAUAAGCUGAUUACAGUGGGAGAGGAGAGGCAGCAGUCAAUACACCCAAGCGGAUAUUGAUCAAGUGCGAAAUGAAUGGGGGAAGUUUGUUGUCAACACAUGUGCAUAAGCCAUGAAGUAGCGCGCUUGUUGCUGGUACAUUUUGCUAAAGAAAGUAUCUUUUUUGUGCUUCUCUGCUGGUAGAUUGUCAUGCACCAUGUGUGGCAUGUUUUGGAACAAUAGAUAUAUAUGUAUCAGCUUUUUGAUGUCCCAAGUAGAUGGGCAUGCACUAGAAUGCUUUUCUUAUUUGAAAUGUUGGCUUCAAUGAUUAGUGGUUUGCAAAGUUUAUAUUUGAUGGUUUGCAAUGUUUAUA